GGCCAGGCUGGGCCCGACGCCAAGUCCCGGCCGCGGAGGCUGGGGGGGCUCUCGCAGGCUCCGGGCUGCGCCCCCCCCGGCCCCGGCCCCUCUGGAGGCGGCCGCCCCUCACCCGCCGCUCCACUGCCUCCCGCAGCCCCAGUGACAGACGGUGCCGCCGUUCCGCAGCGCCUGCCGCGGCCUCGGAAGACCCAGCCCGCACCCACCGAUGAGCUCCAUGAACCCCAUGAAACCCUCGCUGCCGCCUGCGCCCCACGGUGAUGGUUCAUUUGCAUACGAGGCUGUUCCUUGGCAACCAAGCACCAAUCAGCCACCGGGAUCCCUCUCCGUGGUAACCACUGUCUGGGGUGUCAGCAACCCCUCCCAGAGUCAGGUUUUUGGCAGUCCCAUGGGCCCCGGGGGGAGCAGCUCCAGUACCCCGCUGCUGCCUGGCAUGGCGGGCACUGGCUCAGGCAUGAGCUCGCCACCAUUCCUGCCACAGCAGCCCUUCGCUGAGGGGGCACCAGGGAAAGGGUACAUGCAGCCGGGUGUCUACGGCCGCAACACCUACCCCAGCGGGCCAGGCUUUGCUGCCAGCUACACCAGCGGCCCCAGCGGCCCUGGUGGGAUUGGGCUCCCCUCACACGCUGGCCGGGCCCCUGCUGACUUCACCCAGGCAGCAGCUGCUGCUGCUGUGGCCGCUGCUGCUGCCACAGCCACGGCCACGGCCACAGCGACGGUGGCAGCGCUGCAGGAGAAGCAGAGCCAGGAGCUGAGCCAGUACAGCACGAUGGGCACAGGGCAGUCCUUUAGCAACCAGUUCCUGCCCCAUGCUGGGCCCCGUGGGCCCACCAGCAUGAGCCCAGCUGGCAUGGCAGGUGUCAUGGCCCCCUCUGGCAUUUCCCCUGUGAGCAUGAGUCCGGUGCGGGCACCUGGCACCAGCUCCUUGUACGGCGGGCAACGCGUGCCCCAGCACGCCUACCCCGGUGCCCCCCCCGGCCAGCAGCUACCCCGCCAGGGCCUCAAGCGGGCGUACUCCAGUGAGGGGUACCCAGCGCAGCAGUACCUCCAGGGCGGGCAGUAUGCUGUGGCUGGUGCCCAGUAUGCCCCCAGCACCCCCCAGUCCUCCGCUCCGUCCCCCUCCUACCCCGGCCACAGGCUGCAGCAGGGCAUGGGCCAGUACCUCUCCGCUUCAGGCAGUGCUGGACCCUAUUACAAGUCUGCUGACCAGUUCAACGGGCAGAGCACCAACUUCAGCACUUACAGCCAAGCGGCCGUCAACGGGCCGGGCCGGUUGCUGCCGGGGUACCCCAGCUCACCGCUGGCUGGGAACCCCACACCGCCCAUGACGCCGGGCAGCAACAUCCCCACCUACACAUCCCCUGGUCAGGACGUCAAGUCACCCUUCCUGCCAGACAUGAAGCCCAAUGUCACCCCCCUGCACCCAUCCCCUUCGGGACCAGCCCCCGGUGAGGAGCUGCGGCUGACCUUCCCGGUGCGGGACGGCGUGGUGCUGGAGCCGUUCCGCCUGCAGCACAACCUGGCCGUCAGCAACCACGUCUUCCAGCUGCGCGACUCUGUCUACAAGACUCUCAUGAUGAGGCCUGACCUGGAACUGCAGUUCAAGUGCUACCACCACGAGGAUCGGCAGAUGAACACCAACUGGCCGGCCUCUGUGCAGGUGAGUGUCAAUGCCACACCGCUCACCAUCGAGCGCGGUGACAACAAGACCUCCCACAAGCCGCUCUACCUGAAGCACGUCUGCCAGCCCGGCCGGAACACCAUCCAGAUCACUGUCACCGCCUGCUGCUGUUCCCACCUGUUCGUCCUGCAGCUGGUGCACCGACCCUCCGUGCGCUCGGUGCUGCAGGGGCUCAUCAAGAAGCGCCUGCUUCCUGCUGAGCACUGCAUCACCAAAAUCAAGCGCAACUUCAGCAGUGGGACCAUCCCAGGGACCCCAGGGCCCAACGGUGAGGACGGUGUGGAGCAGACAGCUAUCAAGGUGUCCCUCAAGUGCCCCAUCACCUUCCGGAGGAUCCAGCUCCCAGCCAGGGGUCAUGACUGCCGGCACAUACAGUGCUUCGACCUUGAGUCGUAUCUGCAGCUCAACUGUGAGAGGGGGACGUGGCGGUGUCCUGUCUGCAAUAAGACGGCCCUGCUGGAGGGCCUGGAGGUGGACCAGUACAUGCUGGGCAUCCUGAUAUACAUCCAGAAUUCGGAACACGAAGAGAUCACCAUUGACCCCACCUGCAGCUGGAAACCCGUCCCAAUCAAACCCGACGUCCACGUCAAGGAGGAGCCGGAGGGGCCGGUGCUGAAGCGGUGCCGGACACUCAGUCCUACCCACAUGGUGCUGCCCAACAUCAUGGAGAUGAUUGCAGCCUUGGGGCCCAGCUCUGUGCCCUUCCCGGCACUGUCCCAGCCUACGGCAGGGGCUGCUGCUGACUACAGCACCCCGGGUUCCAGCUUUCCAGGACCUGGGGGCUUCCCAGAGCCUUUCCCUCCCCCCGGCACCCCAACGCUGAGUGACUUCACACCAGGCCCCCCGUCCAUCUCCUACCAGCCCAACAUCCCCGGUGGCCUCCUGGCCCCUGAGAAACCCCCUGUGCCCCCUCUGCCCACACAGCUUCCCCCGCCGGGACGGAUGGAGGCAUCCCACCCCCCGGUGCAGCCAGGACUGCACAGCACCCCCUCAGGCAGCCAGCCAGCCCCCAUGCUGCACCCUCGGAGCGCAGUGGCACGGCCUCCCCUGGGACCCCCAGCCCACGCUGCCGACCUCGCCUUCCCUCCUGCGCCCAGCAUGGCCACGGCGGGUGAUGGCUCGGAGCCUGCCCUCGACCUUCUGCCUGAGCUGACGAAUCCCGAUGAGCUGCUUUCCUACCUGGGGCCCCCCGACCUCCCCAGCAGCAGCAGCGAUGACCUCCUGUCCCUCUUCGAGAAUAACUGAGCCAUCCGUGCCCCUCCCGGGGCUGGGGGGCAGCACUGCAUGCCCCUGCCCACUGCAGAGCUGGGACCCCCCACUGUGGGGGCUUUCUCAAAGGGCUGCGAUGGAACAGGCGGGCUAAGCCCCCCCAGAAGCACAAGGCUGUACAUAGUGUAGAAACACUACUGCCCCUCCCUCCCCGAUCCCUCCCCAUAUUUAAAGGCAAAUGUGUCACUGCAGGGCUGCCCGUGCCCCCAUAUCAAUGUGCAAAUGCUACUGCCCGUUGUACUGCAUGGGCCUGGUGUGGGUUGCAGGGCUCAGCCCCUGCUGCCCCCAAGCCCAGUUGCCCUGUACAUCCCCGAUGGCUAUUAAAGAAUCCUGCAGGGUCA